CAGCCGUAAAACAGUGCGUCUCUCACUCACUCUUUGCACAAGAAAAGCAAAAUUUCUUCCGGAAGGUAACCAGAUUUACAAAAGUUUUGAAAUGGAAACGAUAAUAGAGCAACAAAGACGCUACCAUGAGGAACGGGAACGCUGUGUGGACACGAUGGUGAAGGAUUUCGUUCACAAGAAAAAUUCGCAUCGAGACCAUAUAAACUCUGAACACCGGGUGAGGAUGUUGUUGGAUCGAUACAUGGCAUGCACCGAUUCUCUCAAAGAACUCUAUGAGGACAAUGAUAUGCAAAGGAAAGAAGAAGUUCAAGCAUUAUCCGGCCCGAAUGAGUUUGUUGAGUUUUACAACAGAUUAAAAGGAAUCAAAGAGUUUCAUCGUCGUCACCCAAACGAAGUUUCUGUCCCAAUGUCUGUAGAGUUUGAAGAAUUUACAAAAAUGAGGGAUUCAAAUGCCGAAGAGUACAUGAAUCUGGUCGAAUUCACGGAUGAAGAAGGAUAUGGAAAAUAUUUAGACUUGGUAGAACAUCAUGUAAAAUUUGUCAAUUUGAAAGGAGCCGAAAGGAUGGAUUAUAUUUCUUACGUGGAGAAAUUUGAUCGUCUAUUUGAAAUUGGGAGGGAUAAGAAAGGAUCAGUCGAAUAUAGGAAAUACUUGGAAGGGUUGACAGAAUAUUUGUACGACUUUUUAACAAGGAUUAAUCCACUCUCGGAUUUCGAUGACAUUAUGGAAGACGUCAAGAUGGAAUUUGAAAGUCAGUGGGAAGCUGGUACAUUUCCGGGGUGGCCGAAAGAGACUCAUACUGGAGCUUUGACACAUACCGGGGCGCAUCUUGACCUAUCCGCGUUUUCAAGCUGGGAAGAAUUAGCAACUUUGGGGUUGGACAGAUUAAAAUCUGGACUAAUGGCAUUGGACAUGAAGUGUGGAGGCACGCUGGAAGAACGAGCUCAAAGAUUGUUUAGCACGAAAGGUAAAUCUUUUGAAGAAAUCGACCCAACCUUAUUUGCCAAAGGAAAAGGCGGAAGGAAUCGUAAAGGAGUAGAAAAACUGGAUAAAGGAAAAGAUUUUGAAAAACAGAAAGAUAUUGCAGCUCUAGAAUCACAGAUUUAUAGGUUUGCGGAAAUGUUAUCUGAACAAAGGGCGGGUACAAAGGAAAAUGUAACUCGGAAACAGGCUAGGACAGCGGGAGAGAAGGAGGACUCUGAGGAAGAAGAUGAACCCGAUCACUCUGAUGAGGACGAUGACGACGAUAUUCCAUACAAUCCAAAGAACCUUCCGUUAGGAUGGGAUGGAAAACCAAUUCCAUACUGGUUGUACAAAUUGCAUGGUCUCAAUAUCAGUUACAAUUGUGAAAUUUGUGGUAAUUUUACGUACAAGGGGCCGAAAGCGUUUCAGCGUCAUUUUGCCGAAUGGCGUCAUGCUCAUGGGAUGCGAUGUCUUGGUAUUCCUAAUACGGCCCAUUUUGCUAAUGUGACCAUGAUUGAGGAUGCACUAGGAUUGUGGGAUAAAAUUAAAAACCAGAAAACCUUAGAACGAUGGCUACCGGAAGUGGAAGAAGAAUUUGAAGACUCGAUGGGGAACGUAGUUAAUAAGAAAACGUUUGAAGAUUUGAAACGACAGGGUCUUUUGUAAAUACCGUUGUUAAUAUUAUGCUAUAAUUUUGUAGAUUUAUGUUUUUAUCAGAAAUAAUAAAAACUAAAAUGACAUUUUAUAAAUUCUGA